AACCUGGUUUCUAACUGUGUGCAGUUCUUCACUGGUGACUGGACGUGUUCUACAUAACCUCCAGUGGCUCCUUUCAGAUGAAGCAUCCAUGUCAGGACUUGACCAAGCCUCCACAUGGCUUCUCCAUUUCUCUCCUUGACUGUUGAACUUCUUUUAAUUAUUGGGACUUGAGUUCCCCACUGUUCCUGUGCUGCCAUAGUGUUGAGGAAGCUCUGGCAAAGAACUGCGAAUAGGUUGUAUUUAUUCAAAGUGGCAUCUUCAGAUUCUCCAUUUCACACAUUUCAGUUGAUCAGAAGUCUUCCUGAGCUAAGGCCAAGAAUGCCAAAUAUUAAGCUUUUCAGUGGAUCAUCUCAUCCUGACCUUGCCCAAAGAGUUGUGGACAGAUUGGGUAUUGAAUUGGGAAGAGUUGUCACCAAAAAGUUCAGCAAUAUGGAAACUUGUGUGGAGAUUGGGGAGUCUGUUCGAGGAGAGGAUGUUUACAUUGUCCAGAGUGGAAGUGGAGACAUCAAUGAUAAUCUCAUGGAGCUUCUCAUCAUGAUAAAUGCUUGCAAGAUAGCAUCUGCAUGCAGAGUGACAGCUGUCAUACCUUGUUUUCCCUACGCCAGGCAAGAUAAGAAGGACAAAGUUGGCCAUGGAAAGAAAAAAGUUGAUGUCCUGGCAUACCUUGAGAGCAUAAGCAUUGACAUUGACUGGAGAACUUUUGAAUUACACAUGGCUGCUUGUUUGUGCCCAGGAGGAGAGGCAAUAGCAGAUAAUCAUAAUACAUACAGAAAGGAAAAUGGGAGGGACCGUCUGAAUGUGGAGUUUGCCUUGAUCCAUAAAGAGAGGAAAAAGGCUAAUGAAGUGCAAUCCAUGGUACUGGUUGGAGAUGUGAAGGAUCGAAUAGCCAUCUUGGUUGAUGACAUGGCCGAUACUUGUGGCACUGUCUGCCAUGCUGCUGAAAAAUUGGCAGAAGCUGGAGCCACUAGGGUGUAUGCUAUCCUCACACAUGGCAUUUUCUCAGGUCCUGCAAUCUCCAGGAUCAAUAAUGCAAAUUUUGAAGCUGUUGUUGUCACCAAUACAAUACCUCAGGAGCAACACAUGAAGGAAUGCCCCAAAGUCCAGUGCAUCGAUGUAUCCAUGAUCUUCGCCGAAGCCAUCCGCCGCACUCACAAUGGAGAGAGUGUGUCAUAUCUUUUUUCCAAUGUUCCCUAUUAAUUUGUGACCUGCAACUAGCAGGCUUGUGCAAUUAGCAGACCAGUCGGAAUGGAUGCCUUAAGUAUCAAGAGUGUAUUGAAUCAUAGAAAUCAAUUUUGUUUCUUCUGCCCAACAAUGAACCAUGUCCUUUUCAUUGCAAAUCUUGGUAUAAGCAAGAGAUACUCAUUUCUCUAAGUUCCCAUAUUUUUAAGCAUGUGUGUAUAGUUGCCUUUUUAUUGAAGGUCCAUGACUGAGCUUAAAGAAAUAACACGUUAUUGGCAAAUUGUCAGACCUGUCAUGGAAGCUGUUGAACUUGACCCAUGAUGAACAAUGCAGGUCAUCCUUGACUCAUUGAGCCCAUUCUCUGCUUUUUCCUGAGACCUGGAAUUCCUUCACCUUGAUGCAUUCACUCAUUUCCUCUCGAGGAGCUUUAUCCCCAACUGUAUCACCUAGCUGUGCCUUGGAGAAUUGUGUUACAGUUUGCAAAGCUACUUACUAUAGGAGAACCAACCUCUUCCUUGUAUCAUAUCCCUUGAGUUCAGUUUUUAACCUAUCCCUUUCCUGGGCCCUACUUGAAAUGGGAGUUCAUGCUUGAUGAGAAGAUGAAUGCAUUAGUUCCAUGUGCCUGGAAUGAGAGUACAAAGAACUUUAGAGUUAAGAUAGAGUGGAACCACACUCCUUAAAUUUUUUUCUUUUUGACAGUUCUCUCUCAGAGACGGAGCUUAAGAAGUUAAGGAGUCUCUGUUUCAUUGUGUAAUUGAAAGGAGCAAUUAGUGAAAUGGGUGAAAUGAACAAUAGGUGGUCUCAGUAGCAUCAUUUGGGCAAUUAUAGUGAAAAUAGUUUGAGGUUUUCUUGAUGUGACAUAGGGAAGUGGAUAUUGGAACUGCUUGGAUUAUGACAUUGGCAGCAGGUUAACAUGAAAAUUGAUUUUUCUUUUUUUUCCUGGUGUCAUAUGACAUCUGUGAGCAUGGUGCAUGGAUAGAAAAAUUUUCUGCUUUUGUUGGGCAUAGUUUUCCGAGGAUCAACCCUGUUGCUUGGCUGGAAUUCAAAUGAAAUAUUAAGCAUGACUGCCUUUGAGAAUGAAGCAAGUUGCACAUUGGUCACUAACAUGUUCUGUUCAGUGUCAUCUGUUUUCAUUGCAUAGCACAGAAGCUCAAGCCACAAGUCC